AUGUGGCGCCCAAGUCCUUCCUAUAAAAGCAGCAUGGAAGUAAUCAACCAAGGUAGUGCGAAGGAACAAAUGACACCAAAGGACAGAAGAGAUGCGAGGCUACAGACAGUCCGAACGCCAUACUGCAGAGCAGGAGCACAAGCCGUAGAGAACGAAGCACCAGUGCAGUUGAAGAACACAGCGAAACAAUACUGA